GUCGAGAAUCCCCUCUUUUUUCGCCCCGCUCCCAAGAUGGCGUCGAUGCGGGAGAGCGACACCGGCCUGUGGCUGCACAACAAACUGGGCUCCACGGACGAACUGUGGGCGCCGCCGAGCAUCGCCUCGCUGCUCACGGCCUCGGUCAUCGACAACAUCCGACUCUGUUUCCACGGCCUUUCCUCGGCCGUCAAGCUCAAGCUGCUCCUGGGGAUGCUGCACCUGCCCCGCCGGGCGGUGGAUGAGAUGAAAGGGGCACUGACUGAAAUUAUCCAGCUCGCUACCUUGGAUUCAGACCCCUGGGUCUUAAUGGUAGCUGAUAUUUUAAAAUCCUUUCCAGAUACUGGCUCCCUUAACCUUGAUCUUGAAGAACAGAAUCCCAAUGUUCAAGAUAUUUUAGGAGAACUUAGAGAGAAAGUAAGUGAAUGUGAAACUUCAGCUAUGUUGCCGUUGGAAUGCCAAUACUUAAACAAAAAUGCCUUGACAACACUGGCCGGGCCCCUUACUCCCCCAGUGAAACAUUUCCAGCUGAAAAGGAAACCUAAAAGUGCCACUCUCAGAGCUGAACUCUUGCAGAAGUCAACAGAAACUGCGCAGCAGCUCAAGAAGACUGCAGGAGUGCCUUUCCAUGCCAAAGGCAGGGGACUGGUCAAGAAGAUAGAUACAACAACACCACUCAAAGGAAUACCAAAACAAGCUCCAUUCAGGAGUACUUCAGCUCCCAGUGUUUUUAGUCCUUCUGGAAACAGAACUCCUAUUCCUCCUUCAAGGACACCUUUGCGCAAAGAACGAGGAGUGAAGCUUCUAGAUAUCUCUGAGCUGGAUAUGGUAGGUGCUGGUCGUGAAGCAAAGAGAAGAAGAAAGACAUUAGAUACAGAAGUUGUGGAAAAGCAAGCCAAAGAAGAAACAGUAGUAGAAAAUGCUACCCCAGAUUAUGCUGCUGGCCUUGUAUCUACACAGAAACUUGGCUCGUUGAACAAUGAGCCUGCACUACCUUCUACGAGUUAUUUACCUGCUACUCCCAGUGUGGUGCCGUCUUCCUCCUACAUCCCAAGCUCUGAAACACAGCCAGCUGGCUCUGCACGAGAGGCCUUGCAGACCAACAGACAGACUGAAGAGCCUGCAGCUCCAAAUGCUACUACAACUCUUCCUGCACAGUUCAAACAAAGAACCCCCAUGUACAACAGCAACUCUAAUCCCCCUGCAGCUACACCUACCUCACCCCUAACACCCACCACACCUCCUGCCAUCUCCCCGGCGGCACAGGCACCACAAGUGGCCCCCCAAACUCAGCAACAGCCACCACCGAAGAAAAGCCUCUCUCUCACAAGGGAGCAAAUGUAUGCUGCACAGGAAAUGUUCAAGACUGCAAACAAAGUUACAAGGCCAGAAAAGGCUCUUAUACUUGGAUUCAUGGCAGGAUCCAGAGAGAAUCCUUGCCAAGAACAAGGUGACAUCAUCCAAAUUAAACUUAGUGAACAUACAGAAGAUUUACCAAAGGCAGAUGGCACGGGCAGCACCACUAUGUUGGUUGACACAGUCUUUGAAAUGAACUAUGCUACUGGUGAAUGGACCAGAUUCAAGAAGUACAAACCUAUAACUAAUGUUUCCUAAGAGAUGCAGCAGCAGCAGACUGGACCAAAUCAAGUUUAGAGUCAACCAGCUCAUAGAGUAUGUCAACUGUACAAAAUGGCAUUCAUGUGUACAUUUCUUAUUACCCUCCAGAGUAGAAGCUGUGCUCUUCAACCAAACUGAGCUCAGUGAACACAGAUGUGUUUGAUGGUGUCAAACUCACUUAAUUUCUUUUUUUUAUUAAUCUUGGGAGAGGGAAAGAUGAUCUUGAGGGAGGGGGGGACAUUGUUGGUGUUUUUGUUCAGGAUGCUGAAAAAGGAGAUCACAGCUGAAAGGUUACAGAUGGGAGCAGCUUACUGCUAAGUACCAGAAGAGAAGACUACUGCGCAGUCACUCAUGGUUUACUGUUAACUGAGGGCACAGAUCUUUAUUAUAAAAACAUUUUCCUUGGCAACAUGAGUUCUGUCAUAAGAAUGGAUGUAUGAAGCACUACAGGUCGGUACUUGAUAAUUUUGUAUUUCAGCUGCAGUAUAACUAUUGCAGAUGGUAGAUGUCAGUGUCUAAAGGUACCCACUGUAUGUUUAGCUUAUUUAUGCUUGGGUCAUAGGAUGAGAUUGAGCAGCUUUGUUUUAGCAGUGGGAACAAAAUGACCUGGACCCCCUUAUGCAUCUGAAGGAGAUCGCUUUAUUGUAGAAAUCACAUUAUUUUAAACCUUUAAUCUCAACCUGACAUAACUGAAACCAACCUGAGACCUAACAGAACUUAACAGAAAGAAGGCACCCAUUGGCUGGCUCAGCUGCCGUGCUGCAGUCCACGUGUCCUAUCAUCCAGUCAGCUUCCUGCUCUUAUGCUGUCCACCGUUCCUCCAGCCAAUCCCAAUCUCACUCCCAGCUGUCACUCAGCUGACUCUCACCUCGCUCCUAACUGCCUCUCACCCCUCCAGCCUGCAGCUGUGCCUUCCCCAUGGGGCCUUCUGGAGAACAUAAGCCUUAAUCGCUUUAAU